UUAAAAUAAGAAAGUGGGCUUAUCAGGCCAAGCGAAUUAUAUUCAAUAUUCCAGUUCAUUUUCUUGCCUUCAUCAUGUCCAUUUUUUCCAUUUAGUUUUAUUUUGUAUAGCACUCACCAUAUAUAAACAUCUCUCUACUCUCUCACUCUGUCACUCUCUCUAGAUCACUACUUUCCUUUAAGCUCAAUCACAACGAACUCACAAUCACAACGAACUCACAAUCAAGUUUUAUAUAUAUAAAAAUAGAGACCGGCCUCCAACUGAGUCAGAAGCUCUAUCUCUCUCCCUCUACAUCCUUUCUUCCUUCUUGAUCAGACACAGACAUGGACGAUAAGUGGAAGGUGUCGAAAAAGGAUGCAUCAGCUGCAUCGUGCUCAUCUUCUAGUUCCUCUAAAUCCAAGUUCUCUAGAAGCUUCUCAACAAGUGCUUCAUCCACAAAGGCUCCUGUAUUCAUACGGAGCUCAUCCACCAAAUGCUCAGUGCCAUCUUCUUCAUCCUCCAUCUCCAGAAGCUCAUCCAAGAAAGAGAAAGGAUCAUCGUCAUCUUCCAUUACCCAAAAAUACAGUAGCUUGGCCAAAGAACAAAAGGGAAGGUUUUAUAUCAUGAGAAGGUGUGUGGCUAUGCUUGUCUGUUGGCAUAAACAUGAUUCCUAGCUUAGAUCUCAUGCAUUCUAAUAUUCUAUAUUCCAUAUUUGUUUUGGUAUUAUAUCAGUUUGAUUCUCUACUCUAGGUUGUUGCUACAAGUUUCUAUACUAGUACAUUGUGAGAAAGAGAUUCUUUUGAUAAUUAAUAUCUAUCUUAUUAAAUCAGAAACAUUACAACU